CAGACUCAGCAUUACUUCAAUUCCCUACUCCGGUAGCUGUAAGAAGGAUAAGGAGGUGAAAUAAUUCUGGCCCAUGAGAGGAUCCAUGGAAAUUCCCAGCAUGCAGCCACAUUGAAUUCGGCUCUAAAAUAAAAAAAGUCCUCAAUAAAAACUAAAAACAACAACAACAAAUGAGCGCACAAAACACCUCAUACGAUCGCUUUCAAAGCAAAUACAAAUCAAACAAAAUGGCCACACAUGCAGCGUCCACCAGUCCAGUCAGAUGGAAUAAAACGAAAGCUACGAAUAACACAAAACCCUUAAAAUCCACAAAAACUGCACCAAACUGCACUGAACCAUACCACCGAAACCGGCAGCACAGGCAUCAUAGAGCAACAAUAGCAAAAGCUACAAUGCCUUCGUAUACACCUUCGACAUUUCUACUACUCUGCACCCUCACAUUGCUGAGUCUGCUUCCGCACGCGUACGCCUUCUGCCCCUCCAAAUGCCAGUGCCUCAGUGGCGAUGCCAAUAGUCGGGCUUAUUGCGUUGACGCCGCGCUCGAGGAUGUGCCCAUACAAUUGAAUCCCGAAACGAAAUAUAUCAAUUUGACACGAAAUAAGAUACGCAACCUUGAAUUCACGUUGCCGUUUUACAUGAAGCUGGAAGUGCUGGAUCUCUCACAAAAUAUCAUCGAGACGCUUGGCUCGAAAAAUUUCGAAUAUCAAAAGGAUAUGCGUACAUUGAAUUUGAGUCGUAAUUCGGUGAGCGCACUGCAAAAGGACGCUUUCAAGGGAUUGAGCAAUUUGUUGGUGCUCGAUUUGAGCUACAAUCGCAUUGAGGUGGCGCAUCCGAGUGCAAUGAGUAAUCUCACGUCGCUAAUUAAACUCGAUCUGACAAAUAAUAAUAUUGUGAGUUUGGAGGACAAUUGUUUUCGCAAUAUGAUAUCCUUAGAGAUUUUGAUUUUCAAAAAUAACCAGCUGCUGGAUGUGCCGUCGAAUAAUUUGCAACAUUUGCAUGCGCUCAAAUCGCUAGAUUUAUCUGAUAAUCUGGUGGAAUAUGUGCGCAACGAUAGCUUUGAUGGUUUGCGAGAGUUGAUGGUGCUGACGAUGAGAGGCAAUGUGAUCUCCGAGUUGGAUUUGAGCGCCUUUGAGGGGCUGACAACGCUGAAGCAUCUGGAUUUGGCCGAUAACAACUUGACGAUUGUGCCUACACAGCAACUUUCGAAGUUAUCCAAUCUCACCUACUUGUCGCUUAGCGGCAACCGGUUCAAUCAGCUGCCUGCUGUAGCUUUUCUAAAUCUGUUCCAUUUGCGUGAAUUGCAUUUGAAUCGUUUGGAUCGUCUCAAUCGCAUUGAUUCAAGAUCCUUCAUCGAUAAUACUCAUCUGCAAGUGCUCCAUCUCAGCAACAAUCCCCAACUUUACGACAUCCCUAUGCGCCUCUUCCAGGGCAAUCCCAAUGUACUUGAGAUUUACAUGCAAGGCAACAGCCUACAAACACUCUACUCCGCACAAUUCCCCGUCGAUCAACUGGAGCGUCUGUACCUCGGCGACAAUCCACUACAAUGCAAUUGCUCGCUGCUCUGGCUGUGGCGUCUUGUCACCGGCAACUUUGACGGCGAAUCCAACAACAUUGCCGGUGUACAUGUCACGCACAGUCAGGGCGAAGCGGCCGUGGCAGCGCUGGGUGCAGCCGAUGCCGGUUCAGCGCAAGCAGCUGCCGCCGCAUAUGUGGCACAGCAAAAACACAUACCAACGCAAACCGCACGCACCAGCAGCUCCUCCACCGGUUAUCUACAACUCGACAUCGAGCGCAUUGGAUGUGACAUUUGGCAGGAUAAUGUGCGCACACGUCGUCGCCUCGCAACCAUGUCCGAAAGUGACAUCACCUGCCCCGCGCACAUUGUCACCAUAGUUUGCGCCAUCUUCACGCUCUUGCUCGUGUUCGCCAUCGGCGCCAGCAUUCUUUUCUAUCUGCGCUUUGUGAAGCGACGCCGAAAGCUGUUGCAUGACCGUUCGCUCACCCGUUCGGGCAAAUCGAUCGUAAAUGUACACGAUCGCAUACUACAACAUCAGCCGCUGGGCGCUGGCGGUGCACUAGGCAUGGGUGUGGGCGGUCUCACCUACCCACAUCAUACGUUGCAGCAACAGGGUGGCACACAUCAUGCCAUGCUGCCGCUGCAUCCGCAUGAGUAUCAACAAACGCUGCCGGCACAAGUGGACAAACUGGAAUUGGAACGAUAUCUGGCGGCGCAGGCGAUCGCCAAUGAGUAUCGUGCCUUGAAGCCAUGGGAGCUGCCGCCAGUUAAGGAUGCGAAUGCGUACAGCGAUGAACCGGAACAUUUGUAUGAAAAGUUCGACCACUACGACUAUCCGGACAUGCAGACGAUGAGCAAGUCCAAGCAGGCGGCGCUCAUGUCCAACACUGAUGAUGGUAAUACGCCCACCCCCAAUGGCAUGGUGCAGAUGGGUAAGAUUGGUGCUGGCGGCACAGCGGCUAAGCCGCAUGUCGUCUACGUAUGACUCCCGGGUGGGCAAGUAGGUGUUGGCGCUAAGGGCAAUGCAAGUGACGAGUACGGAGAUGUGGGUAUGGAGACCGAAGGCGAAAUGCGCUACUGCAUCAACAACAACUACAGUAGUUACGUGAAACUAGUUUAGAACGUGGGCACGGAGGCGGAUAGUAGCAGAGAGAGUGGCGCUGGAAGAGAGCUCAUUAAAAGAAGAGAGACCGCGUGGCAGCGAGCGAACGAGAUAGAGAUGAGUGUAUUCGAAUGUAAACAGCUGAAUUGAGUGAAACGCAUGUAAGAAGAGUGUCAGCAAAGAGAGUACAGAGCAAGGAAAAGCAAGCGCUUUAAUUGUAAAAGCUGCAACAAACAGCUAUAAAUGUAUAAACAAAGCUAAGGUCAUAUGAACGCAGCGAUAAAUCGAAACAAGGGUAUAUGUUAGUAAUAAGUUCUAAACACAUAUAUACAUACAUACACCAAGAGCAACAACAAUACAAGCACACGUUAUGCAUUAAUAUUCAUGAUAUGUACUAAUUUAGCCAUAGAUGAAAUUUUCGCGAAGAGUUUCCUGCAAAACUUAAACAAAAACAUGAAAUAAAAUAUAUUUGCGUAAACGUAACAAGAAACAAUGUAAAAUGAAACAAGGGAUACGUAUAGAGUUAAAAUAGCUAAAUUACAAAAUAAGUAAAUCUAAAGCAAAACUAAAAACAAAAAUCAUAAACAUGAAAAAUUAAUGAGUAAGAAGCAACACUAAAAAUUAUUAAAAAAAAAAACAAAUAGCCGGAAAACUAUGCAGUAAAAUUAAACUAUAAGCAAAAACCUAAAAUCAAGUUCACGUUGAAAAAAUGCAAAUAUUGCCUACAUAAAAUAUAAAUUUAUUUCGAAAUGGGUGUGAAAGAAAAGUGAAAGAGGAGGCACUUAAUAAUAACAAAGCAAAGCAAAAAAAGAACAAAAAACACCAAGAAAACUAACAGAUAUAUGUGAAAUUGUUUAAUUAUUUUAUUACUUUUUAACCAAAAAUUCCAGUAAUAUUUCUUUUUAAUCUGCCAAACUGGCAGCAGAUUGCUGUGAAAUAAAUACUUUCCAUACUCAUUUUAAUGACUCUGAGUACAGAGUACAUUUUACAUGUCAACACUUUUCACAUCUGGGCACCCUGCACUUUUCAAGUCUAGUUUUGAUGCUGAACUCCAACAUUUCUACUAAGGCGCUUUCAUUAACCCCUUGCCGUGCUUUAAGGGGGAACACCACUGUGAUUUAAAAAAAAAAUCGAUUUUUUUCUUGCAUUUUCUCAAAAUAGAUAUAUUCAAAAAUAUGUAAAAAAAACUUUAACUUAACAUCUUGAAAUUUGACGAAGUUAUACCCAAUGCAAUCAGUGCAGGUAGUGAGUUACAAUAUCCAAUGAAAACUUUAAACGCGUUUUUCUCAAAACGUGGGCCUCGAUUUCUCGAAUCGGUUCAUAAGCGAUAUUAAUUUUUUUUUAAUUUUGUACAUGUAUUGGCUUCAGUCGUACAUAGCCGCUUUUAAAAAUUCCAAAAAUUAAUAUUUUUCCAAGCCAUUCGAAAACAAAAAAAAGGGUAAAAACACAAACUCAUUUUUCAAACCUGCACCAUUUUCUCAAAAAAAAAAACAAAAAAAAAAAACCGCCACGUACGACUAUGGCCAUUGAUGUAUCAUUAAGAAUUUUUUUGGUUUUCUGCUUUCAGAUGAUUUUUCACCGCUGUAUCGUGGCCAUCAGGGUGCAUCAGUUUUUUAAGACGUCACUGCAUUAAUAUCAAUAACAAUUCUAAUUUUUAAUAUUUUUUAAUAAAUCUUUGUGUCGGUAUAGUGGAAUAUAUGUUAAAUAAAUUAUAAUUUCUCUCAAUUUAAUUUCAUCUCUACUUAUAAAAAAAAAUUCAUGAAAAUCACUCAAUUUUGACGUGUUCCCCCUUAACGAGUAUGACUCGUGAUGAAAAUGUUGGUCCAAACAUGACUCGUGAAUAGAUCGUCGGAUCAAAAAUAAGCAUCACGAGCCUGGGUCGUGAUUGAAUGUUAGUUUCUAUCUGUACGCCGUCAGAGUUAGUCACGAGUCUCAUAAUUGCUAUUACAACGUAAUUUAUAUUAUUCUGAUCUGUUUACCACGCGUGGACGCGUAACACUUGGGCCCGAGUUUCGUUGAGCUAAAUGGCACGGCAAAGGGUUAAAGGUGGUGGCAAUAGACCAACAAUAAUGUUUUGUGCGUUCGAUUGUCGUGGCAAAGAAUGAAUUCGCCUUUUUUCAUUCUGUGUUGACAGCUGAUUAACCGCAACUAUCGAUUUCUAUCAGUGGUUUUCUUCCAAGGCGAAUUGAGUAGUAGUAGGUGGCGCCAUUGAAAAACAAUGACGAUUUUGACAAGUCUGACGUCAGCUCGCUUCGCAAUACAAAGCAAACAAAAGUAAGAGAAAUUACAUGUUUCUGAAAAUGCAGUGAAUGGCUUGGUAGUUUUGUGAUAUGUGAGAUUUAAACUAUGCAAACUAAGGAAAACGAAGUGCAGUGUAUUAAAUUAUGAAAGCACAAAUUAAUACGAAGCCUCCAAAUGCAGUUUGCUUGCGUUUCUACGCGGAAGACGCUGGGGCAAGAAAGUAUGUGUGUGGGCGUUUAAUUUGUUGUGUUUGGUUGUUUCCAUUGGUUUCGUCGACUCUUCUUCUUAUCAAGCAAGUAAUUCCACUUUCUUUUGCUUGUUUAUACAUGGGCUCUUACGACACGGCGAAUUCGAUGUGAUGUUUGGGCUACUUGAAACGUGCACUUUUUUAUGCUAAAAUUGAAUGCACUACAAAGUUGCGUACUUGAAAUAUUUUUCUCCAAGACUCCGGUUUAAAAAGUUUGUAGUUUUUAUGGGAAUUUUCAAAAACAUUUCAGAAUCCAAAAAACAAAAAUAGGUAUUUAACCAUGACUCAGUGAUAAAAGGUUUGCUCAGUAAGCAGCUUUCUCGUUUUCUCUUGACAAAUCGGCUCCCUUAGCAAGACACUGGGUUGCUAGCUCUAGAAAUUUUGAGUAAAAGUGAAGGAAAAGUAAAAUUUGUAGAAAAAACAUUUCAUUUUCAAUAUGGUCUGCUCACGAGCAACAACUCGCUAAAUAGUUUUCAUCGGUAUGUUCGGGACUAUGGUAGUAUGACAUGAAAUACAUACCGCCUAAGUCAGGACAUGAUCGAGUAAUAGAGGCAAUACGAGAUCGAUGAAUGGAGAAUUUACAAAGCUUUAUUUCUUAUGAUGUGGUGAUUUAGACAGAACUCAUGUUUUGCAAAAAGUUAGCAUUCCCCAAAGAAUUACGGGAAGCAGAAUAAUUGGAUAGUCACGACGCGAUCAAUAACAUUUCAGACCUCAUUAUAAAAAAGUUGGGAUUGACGGAACUUGUUUCCACUGAGCCCACCUUCCCAUGGAGGGAUGAAGUGUCCAGAGGAGGCUUAGCAAAUCACAGUACCAGCAUGAAAAAGCUGCUCAUAAAAAACCAUCUACCAGAAUCGGCUUAAAACUGUCCUUCCAUUUGUAGAACGCGCACUACAAAUAGGAGGAGGAGCUCGGCCAAACACCUAACAGAAUUGUAUGUGCCAAUUAUUUAUUUAUUUAUACAAAAAAGUUUCAUAUUGGCGAAGCUUCGCAACUUCGCGAUCGGUUUUAAAUUUUAGAAUCAACCCACAAAAUAAAAUCUUGGAUUAAGUGAAAUAAUUGCUUGUUUUAAUAUUAGACCUGGCAAUUUCCACUAAUAACUUCUAUUUGCACCAUUCUUUACUCUCAAAUAUUAAUUGAAAUUUAUUUUUUACACCGUUCGCAGUUUCUUUCCAUUUAGGUAAGAAAAUACUUUUUUGCUACCAUUUUUACCAAAAAGGAUUUAAUAUUUUCCACUUUUUUUUCUCUUUUGUAAGAGAGUGUCAAAAAUUGUAUGUCACUAGUGAGCAAACCUUUAAAAAUUGAAUCAUGGUAUUUAACUACGCCAGCGAAAACUAUGAAUUUUUAUAUUUUAUUUCAACCUAUAGAUUUUCUUUUAAAAAUUUUAAAAACACAAGCAUUGCAAAUGUGUCUAUACACAAUGUUGCGCAACAUAUUUUCUGCAGCAUGCUGCUAUAAACAUUUUACUCUACAUUUCGUUGUGCCUGAGGCAUUUGAAAUUUUGUAAAUAGGUUUUUCACAAAUCUCCUUUUGGCCUUUUAGCUUAGUUUUUUUAGUUUGAAAUUUUUUUUAAGGAUUUUUGCUAGUUAACUUAAAUAUUAUUCUGCUCAUUUCUCCAUUGAUGGAGUUUAUGACUAAUUAAAUUUUAAAUAUAAAAAUCUAAUAUUUUUAGACAUAACAUCGACGAGUAGGAAUUUUCUAUUAGUUGAAAAGGAAUUUUCUCCUAAUUCUUCAAAUUCUUUAUUUAAAUGAGCUGCCUUGUGUAAAUUUUCAAAAUAUAAAUACUUGUAAGUUAACCUAUUUUUAAUUUGGUUUAAGUGACACAAAUUUAAGUUAGAAAUUUUGUGAAAGAAAUUAAAAAUGUUGUAUGUAUGUAUGUAUAAUAGUCCCUUAUUUAGAUGUUAACACUAAUUUUAAAUAAAAAAUAGUUUUAGUUAUUUCUUACAACUGAAGUUAAGCUAAUUUGUAUAGAAAAUGCAGAUAUAAAAAUGAUUUCUUUACUAAAAUUUCUUAAAUAAUUUCUUUCCUUGAUUUGACAGUUUCAACAAUGAAGUUUUUACUAAAAACAACUGCAAUCUAACUUUAUUUCAAACUAUGUUUAAAUUGUAUAAAUACUUUAUGUAAUAUUAUAGACAUUUUUUUAAUCAACGUUGCAUUUAAAAAAAAAUUAUUAGCGAGUUCCUCUACGCUUGAAAUACCUCUGGCUUUUUUGUAAACUACUCAACGUUGUUUAUAAUUUUUUCACACUACACACACACAUCUGCAAAUAUAAUACUAAUACCCACUUGCAUUUGGCAAUAAAAAAUUCGAUAGUGUAUAGGCGAAGGAAAACAAUGAAAUGGACAAUAUAAAAAAAAUUCACAUUAAUUAAAAAUAACUGCUUUUUAAGUUCAUAUAGUAGCAUAGAAACGCUGUAAAUACUUAAAAAAACAACAACAGAUUAGUGAUGUAAAAAAAUUUAAUCUAAUGAUAAAAUUAGUAUAUUAAACAAAUAUUACGCAUAAAUAUGUAUUAUUUACGUGAAUUUCAUUUUAAGUC